AUAUCCAAAUGCGAGAUAGAAUAUACAUAAAUCUUAUCUCACUAGAGAGACGUUUUUUAAAAGUUAAAACGGUUUUGUAUAUAUACGUCUGACGAAUCCGUGAAGCCUACUUACAUAAUAAUGGAGUUUCCACUUAGCACUCUCUCACACAUUCCUGCAAUUCGCCGAGUUUUACUACUCGCCGUGGUGAUUCUAGCGGCGUUCGGUAAAGCUCACGGCCGGCAUAAAGUACACAAAUGGGAAACCGUAGAGUACCCUGCCAUAAGUUGCAGAGCACACACUGCAUCGUUGACGGAUUUCGGCGGAGUCGGCGACGGAAAGACGUUGAAUACUGACGCUUUUCGAACGGCGGUUGAUCACCUGAGUCAGUUUCAAUCGGACGGCGGUUCAAUGCUGUAUGUACCUGCCGGAAAAUGGCUGACGGGGAGUUUCAAUUUGACCAGCCAUUUUACUCUGUAUCUCGACAAAGACGCCGUUCUUCUCGCCUCUCAGGAUGAAAAUGAUUAUCCUGUGAUUGCACCAUUGCCAUCCUACGGACGAGGAAGGGAUACAGACGGAGGCAGAUUCAUUAGUCUUAUUUUUGGAUCCAACCUCACUGAUGUUGUCAUCACAGGUGAAAAUGGAACCAUUGAUGGGCAAGGGCAGCUAUGGUGGGACAAAUUCCACAAUGGAGAACUAAAAUUUACAAGGCCUUACCUGAUAGAAAUCAUGUACUCUGAUAAUAUUCAGAUCUCCAGUCUUACUUUGGUUGAUUCUCCUUCAUGGAAUGUUCAUCCUGUAUAUUGCAGCAACAUUAUCAUCCAAGGCAUCACUAUCCUUGCACCUGUCAGAUCUCCAAAUACUGAUGGCAUUAACCCUGAUUCUUGCAUAAAUACUAGAAUAGAAGACUGUUACAUUGUCUCCGGAGACGAUUGUAUUGCUGUUAAGAGUGGUUGGGACGAGUAUGGAGUCGCCUUUGGGAUGCCAACAAAGCAGCUAGCUAUAAGGCGAAUCACCUGCAUUUCUCCAACCAGUGCAACAAUUGCAUUAGGCAGUGAGAUGUCAGGAGGAAUUCAAGAUGUAAGAGCAGAGGACAUUGUAGCAAUCAAUACAGAAUCAGCGGUUCGAAUCAAGACUGCAGUAGGAAGAGGUGGAUACGUGAAAGAUAUAUAUGUUAGAGGCGUGACAAUGAAAACAAUGAAAUACGUAUUCUGGAUGACAGGAGAUUAUGGUUCUCAUCCAGACAACAACUAUGAUCCCAACGCGUUACCUGUGAUUGAAAACAUCAAUUACCGCGAUAUGGUGGCUGAGAACGUGACCAUUGCUGCCAAGCUUGCAGGAAUUUCUGGUGAUCCGUUUACUGGAAUCUGCAUAUCAAAUGUCACGAUAGAGAUGGCGCCUAAAGCAAAGAAACUUUUCUGGAAUUGUACAGAUAUUUCCGGAAUUUCAAGUGGUGUGGUACCUCAGCCUUGUGAUUUGUUGCCAGAUCAAGGGAUGGAGUAUGCUUCACCCUGUAAUUUCCCAACAGAGAGCUUACCAAUUGAUGAUAUGGAAAUUCAGACGUGUUCCUGCAGGAAGAAAAUAUAUAACUAAUACAUCAAUGUAAUAAGAAUUUGUUCAGAAGGAAGACGAUAUCAUACCCACUUUAAUUAUUCUGUUGCUUCACACUCCGAACAGUCCAUGAAUAUACACUGGUAAUCCCUGUUCACUGUGUGAACGAGACAUGCUAAUAUCUGUAACUGUUAAUAAAUUUACGCAGCCAAUAUUUCAAGAUAAA